UGUCACCUGCGGCCCCUGGGCCUGGCGGCGGGCUGCGGGCCGCGGCGACGGGCCGCCCGGAACCCCGGGACCGAGAUGUGGCGGGUCGGCCGGUGGGCGCCCCUGUUCCUGUGCCUGCUGCAGAGCGUCCCAGGAUGGUCCCGUCUAGCCCCACCCAGAAAUGUGACGCUGUUCUCCCAGAACUUCACAGUGUACCUGACCUGGCUUCCAGGGCUUGGUAACCCCCCGGAUGUGUCCUAUUUUGUGACCUACCAAGGCUAUCCCAGCUCCCAACAUUGGAAAAAAGUGGGGCAGUGUGCAGGCACCAAGGCUCUGGUAUGUCCCCUCAUGUGCCUGAAGAGACAGGAUCUGUACAACAAGUUCAAAGGACGGGUGCAGGCAGCUUCUGCGUCUGCACGAGGCAGGUCCCCACCGGUGGAGUCCAAGUACUUGCAUUACCUUUUAGAUGUGGAGCCCGCCCCACCCACCCUUGUGCUCACCCAGAUGGAGAAGAUCCUAUGGGUCAAUGCCACGUACCAGCUGCCACCUUGCAUGCCUCAUUCGGACCUGAAGUAUGAGGUGCAAUUCUGGAAGGAGGGCAUAGAGCACAAGACCCAGUUCCCUGCCACUGAACACAACAAACCCAUGGAGAUCCCUCUCCAGCAAGGUGCUAAUGGACGCCACUGCCUCAGUGCCAGAACCAUCUACACCUUCACCGUCGCCAAGUACAGCCACUUCUCUGAGCCCAGUUGCAUCUUUAUAGGGGCCCCAGGAGCCAACUGGGCUGUCUUGACACUGCCCUUACUCUUGCCUCUACUGGUAGCAGCUGCUACAGUGGGUGUGAUCUGGAAGACACUGGAAGGGAACCCCUGGUUUCAGCGGGUGAAGAUGCCUCAAGCACUGGACUUUUCUGAAUACAGAUAUCCCAUGGUAACCUUUCAGCCCAGUGCACCUGAGUUCCCAGAUGACCUGAUCCUCGGUCCCCAGAAAGAACUGACCAUAAGGAUCAGCCCAGGCCCUCGAGUCAGAGACCCAGGCACGCUACAGGCAGGACCAGAAAAGGACAGCACUGAGGAUGAAGAUGAGGACACAGAUGACAGUGACAGUGUCCAGUCCUACCUGGAACCGCCCCUCUUCAUGAGGGAGAAGCUCCAGGUUAUGGGGCACUCAGAGACAGCUGAGUCUGGGGUAGGUUCAGGGGGAAGUGAAGAUUCAUCUGCCUGGGACUCUUCGGACAGGAGCUGGUCCAGCACAGUGGACUCCUCCCUUAAAGAUGAAGCUGGAUCUUCCAGCUGUUUGGAUAAGAAGGAACCAGACCAAGAGCCUGAUGGAGAUGGGCACCAGGAGGCGCUCCCAUGCCUGGAAUUUUCUGAGGACUCAGGCACCAUGGAAGAACUUCUGAAAGAUGACCUCUCCAGAUGGAGAAUUUGGGGUUCCUUAUCCCCAAAGAGAGAUCUGGUUCCUGGGGAGUCCCCAGUUUCUCUCCAGACACUGACUUUCUCCUGGGACAGACACUUUGAGGAAGAGGAGGGGGAGGAAGAGGAGGAGGAAGAGGAGGAAGAGGUGGAUGACUGGGAAUCAGAACCCAAGGGCAGCAUUGCGAGCUGCUGGGACACCUCAAGCCUGCAGAGGACAGAGGUCAAGGACAGGAUGCUGGGAGAUUACAUGGCCAGGUGAGAUGGCCCUGGUGGCCAAUCUAGUCUGGUAUUGCUACCUCUACUGCACUUCCCUGGGGACCAGAGACACCUCCAGGUCUCACCAUCCAUGUCCCUUCCUGAGGUAAUCAAAGUCCUGGCCACUAAUUGUGGCUCACUCAUGCGCUCUUUGUCAUUUGGAUUGAGCUGUAAGAUGUUACUAUUUCCUAUGACCCAUCUGCUGAAGAUGACCUGUGAGAGGAGUAGAGCUGUGGUCAGAGACUAGUUUAAGUUCCUGUUGCCUAUUGUCCCAGGGAUGACAGACCUUAUGGAAAACGAGACAGGUGAAGCCAGGUGGUUGUGGGCCCCAAGGAUUAACACUCUGGUCCAUCAGUCACGUACAGCAUUGCACGAAGCAGACUUCGGAUCAAAUCCCUGCCAUGCCAUUUACUAGUAGUAACCUGAGCAAGCCACUCUCGGUCUCUAUGGCUCAGUUUCCUCUUCUGAAGCUGUCACGUGGGUAUGGUGAAGAUUCAUAGUUUCUAGGUAUGUGUGGCAUGUGGUCACCCAUGUUAUUUGUACUAUCUGUGCACUAGAGCCCCUCCAUCUGUUCAGACUCUUGGAAGGUCCCAGGCAUCUCUCACCAGAGACCCUCUAAGCCAAGAGUGACAAGAACACCUACCCUCUAGGUCACCCCAUUCCUUCCUCGUGACCUUCUAGUCAGGGGCUCCCUAAAAACAGAGCCCAACCAACUUUGCUUCCUUCUUGAACACAGUCCUCCUUCUAGGAGCCAGAUUUGUUGGUGAAGGACAGAAACUGCACUCCUGGCCUGGUGUCGAAUUGUGACAGUUUUUGACUGUUAUGGUCAUAAUGAGGUCUUAGUGUCUAAGAAACCACUGUUCUUUUGGGGGAAUGAUGUGUGUCAUUGGUUUGCAGAUGAGCAUGGCUGUCACUCAUAGAACCAAAGUUAUUUGUGGCUGAGGAUAUAAACAGUCCUGGGCCUGGGGUGGGGUCCGGGGCCCCGCCCUUUCUCUAGCACUUUACUCCAUGAUGCAAACAAGACCCCCACAACCGCUUUACCCACAAUGCUAUGUGGUUUUGAGUCUGCCAUAAAGGUACACCUUUACAGAACACAUGUGAAGUCACCCCCUAAUUCAAGGGUUCUCCAACUCACUCCCAAAGGCCUUUGGGAGCCCAGGAUCUUCCCCCUCAUUGAGUUGAUCUACACACAGUGACCAUGCAUAGAAGGUGUGUUGAGGGGGUUCACAACUAACAAAAAGUUCUCAAAGCACUGUCUUCAUCUCUGUCAUGUUUCAAACAAAUGGCCCGAAGUGUAACAUGGAAAGACUCUUGUUGAAGUUACCUGGCAAGGCUGUCCUAAUGACAGCCUUGAGUGUGAUCCCAAGAGUUUCCAGACUCAUCAAACUGACAAGAGGUCUUUGCCACCACCUCUAGGACACACACACACACACCUACCUCCCUGGAGUUUCCCUGCAAUGAAGCUUGACCAUGUCACUGAGGUUGGAAGAACAAAUGAGUAUGCUUGAGGAGGGACAUAGCGUAGGAGUAGCUCCUGGAAAUGUUCUUUCUGAGACCCAGCUGAGCUGCUCCAUGAUGGCACUGUCAGAAAUCCUUUGAAAUGAUCAUCAUUACAGUGUUGUCCUGACCCUCAGUGACAUAUGCUCACUGUCCUCAUCCUCUGUGACAUAUAUGCUCACGUUCUCAUUUGAGAAGUAUGUCCACAAUUCCUGAAGCUUGCUCUCUGGUCUAGCCUGGGCCUCUUAGUCAUUGUAAAGUCUAGCUCCUUCCAGCCCUUAGACCACUGACAAAAUGCCUGUGGGAAGCCCACAGAAAGGGCGUAAAGAUCAAUGCAAGUGCUUAUAAUGUGAACUCAGCACUUAACUUACAUAAUAGCCCUGUAUGGACACAGCAUCUGGGGAUUGCAAGGACAGACAUCGAGGUCAAAGUGACUGCCUUGGGUCACAGUGGUGUGUGGCUUCAGCACUCAGAAGCUAUAUACCUUAUACAUUUGUAUUUUUGUUGAAUUUUGCACUGUGUUUUAUAUCCUAUUUAAAUAAUACUUUAAUGUAUGUUGAUAUAAUACCCAGAACUUUAAAUAAAUAUAUCUAUUUUUAGAGUAAAA